CCUCUCCCCUGGCUUCCGCUGCUCGUGGCGAAGAUGCCAAAGAGGAGCAAAGUGAGGUGGAGGACUGCCAGCCUCCAUCAGUGCUCCCACCAGGACACUCUGAACCUAUGACAGAACCGUCUGCCGUCUCUCCCCUGGCUUCCGCUGCUCGUGGCGAAGAUGCCAAAGAGGAGCAAAGUGAGGUGGAGGACUGCCAGCCUCCAUCAGUGCUCCCACCAGGACACUCUGAACCUAUGACAGAACCGUCUGCCGUCUCUCCCCUGGCUUCCGCUGCUCCUGGCGAAGAUGCCAAAGAGGAGCAAACUGAGGUGGAGGACUGCCAGCCUCCAUCAGUGCUCCCACCAGGACACUCUGAACCUAUGACAGAACCGUCUGCCGUCUCUCCCCUGGCUUCCGCUGCUCCUGGCGAAGAUGCCAAAGAGGAGCAAACUGAGGUGGAGGACUGCCAGCCUCCAUCAGUGCUCCCACCAGGACACUCUGAACCUAUGACAGAACCGUCUGCCGUCUCUCCCCUGGCUUCCGCUGCUCCUGGCGAAGAUGCCAAAGAGGAGCAAACUGAGGUGGAGGACUGCCAGCCUCCAUCAGUGCUCCCACCAGGACACUCUGAACCUAUGACAGAACCGUCUGCCGUCUCUCCCCUGGCUUCCGCUGCUCCUGGCGAAGAUGCCAAAGAGGAGCAAACUGAGGUGGAGGACUGCCAGCCUCCAUCAGUGCUCCCACCAGGACACUCUGAACCUAUGACAGAACCGUCUGCCGUCUCUCCCCUGGCUUCCGCUGCUCCUGGCGAAGAUGCCAAAGAGGAGCAAACUGAGGUGGAGGACUGCCAGCCUCCAUCAGUGCUCCCACCAGGACACUCUGAACCUAUGACAGAACCGUCUGCCGUCUCUCCCCUGGCUUCCGCUGCUCCUGGCGAAGAUGCCAAAGAGGAGCAAACUGAGGUGGAGGACUGCCAGCCUCCAUCAGUGCUCCCACCAGGACACUCUGAACCUAUGACAGAACCGUCUGCCGUCUCUCCCCUGGCUUCCGCUGCUCCUGGCGAAGAUGCCAAAGAGGAGCAAACUGAGGUGGAGGACUGCCAGCCUCCAUCAGUGCUCCCACCAGGACACUCUGAACCUGCUAAGCUCCUGACAGCCAGGGGAGAGAGACCACGGCUGCGGCAGCCCAACCGAUUCUCGCCUUGCCUGCGAGACUUCCUGAGCUGCUGCCUGCAGAGAGAUGAGGGGCGGCGCUGGUCUGCCAAGGAGCUCCUGCAGGUAAAAUGUGAAGGGGCUGCAGGUGAAACAGGGUCUGAUGUCUGCAAGGCAUCAGAUCAGCCCCCUUCCUCCUCACCUCCACUCUUGGUGUUCUUCAAAUGA